AUGGCACAAGAGUAUGAGUGGACACGUCCGACGACGAACCUCUCAAGCGAUGAAUACCCGUGCUAUGCAGCUCCCAUUUUCCACAAUCGCAUUCAAAACGACCGCUCAGAAGGUCACGAAUACAAGACACCACGAGAAGCCGUUGUCUCUGCACAUUCCCCUGUACGAUUGAGGGCGACUGAUCUAAACCAGAAUGUUCCUCGCGACUCCUCCAAUCGCCCACCCAGCACUCUGUAUCUACCGUAUAAGAAAAAGAAAAAACGG